AUGGAACGCUUGGCAGAUGUUGCCCACUACCACGUCACAACAAACGAGGCACUAAUUGGCAGCAUCGAGAGCCUCGAGUGCAUCAUGCUCGAGAGCGUAUACCAGGUGAACAUUGGGAACCUUCGACGAAGUUGGGUCGCGGGGCGCAGAGCAAUGAGUCUCGCCCAGUUAAUGGGGUUUCAUCGACCAGAUAACCAGACCCCAUACCAGGCGCUCGACCCUAAAACGAAAUACGACACACGGAUCAUGUGGCUCCGUAUCAUCAUGCUCGACCGCCAGCUCUGCCUCCUUCUUGGUCUGCCCGAAGGCUGCAUCGACCAUAGCAUAGCCUCGGAGACACACAUCGCUAAUGACUGCCCCAUGGGACGUCUCGAGCAGCUGCACUGUGUCGCCAUGUCCCGAAUUCUCGAACGGAACGCGUCAAAGCCGAGCGGGCGAGACCUCGCUACCACUCGCGCCAUCGACCUCGAGGUGCAGAAAGCCGCGGGCAGCCUCCCGAGCAAGUGGUGGCUAGCCCCCAAACUUGACAGUGCCUCCACCGACCUGCAAGCCGUGUUCUGGAACAUGCGGCGCUUUGUCCUGCAGAUCUCUCACUACAAUCUUCUCAACCACCUGCAUUUGCCGUACAUGCUGCGACCCUCGUCCGCGGAGAACAGAAACGAAUAUUCGCGGCUCACGUGCGUCACAGCGUCACGGGAGGUUCUCUCGCGAUACAACUCGCUCCGCAGCUUCAACCGCAUCGCCUACAGCUGUCGAACAGUCGACUUUCUCGCGCUCAUGGCAGCCAUGGCCCUCCUUCUGGCACACUUGGAUGGCCAUCGCGACGGGGCGGAAAAUCUCCUCGCGAACCAGUAUUUGAGCGAUCGCGGGGUGAUUGAACAGAUGCAGGAACACAUGAGCGAGAUCAACCGGCUAAAUUCGGACGAAUUAAGCGCGCAAAGUGCUGAUUUGCUAAAGGCGUUGUUGGCGAUUGACCUGGAGAAAGGGCAUGGGCGGGUGAGUGUGCGGGGGGCGGGCAGUGAGGAUAUCUUGCCGCAGGAUGGGAUGGGCUCGGAGGAAGAGAGUGCGGUGCGGGUGCAUAUUCCGUAUUUUGGAAUUAUCCGGAUUACACGCGAGAAACAGCAAACUGCGAUGACGGGAACCAGCAGCAGCAGCAGCUCCGAAGCACAACUCCGCCUCUCCUCCUUGACUCACACCGGUGCUCCCAUAUCUACUAACAACACUCCCAACCCACUCUCCUUCCCCUUCGCCGACGUAGCUGCUCCCUUUGAAUUUACCGCCCCUUUGGCGCACCAACAGCAGCCACAAUGCCAGACCACGUUCUACGACCCCGGUGUUUCUCUAACACCAUCCCUGCUAAUGCAGGGCGUGCACCCCGGGCUCACUGCUGGCAGCGAGGAUUGGGCGUUUCAGGGGGUGGAUAUGGCGUUUUUUGAGAGCGUAAUGAGGAAUGUUGGGGGCAAUGUUUGA